AUAAUAUCAGAAAUGGAAUUAAAUAAAAAACAAUUUAUAGAAAGAAAACAAAUCGCAAUAACACAAUCUAAAGUACAAUCAUUUUUAUUCGUUUAUAUUUAUUAUAAUGUAUCGAACAUUUACAAACAUUAUUUGUUUAUUAGAUUGUACAACAGCAAUUAACAUUUGAUAUGAAUUAUUGUGGAAAUAUUAAUUUCGUUGAAUAUAGUGCAAUUCCUGAAAAUACAGUUAUUCAACUUUGUAAACAAUUUUUAGAGGAAUCAUUGUGUUCAGUUAUAAAACAGUAUGUGUAAUAUAUUUUUAAAUUGAUUAAGCGAAAUGUUUAAAUGAUUCUUGUAAAUGUUUUUGGUUUACAGAGAUCUAGGCAUAACUGGUUUAAGGUUACAUAAAGUGACAAAAGUAAGCAACAAUGAAAUUAAUUGUUUGAACAUUUGUAAAGACGAUUUUUCGGAAAGUACGGAAUCAGACGAAUGCAAUACAAUUUUAAAAAUUGUAACAUCACCUAGAGUAACAGAUAUUCAAAACUGGCCUUUCAACUUUUUCAAAACAAACUUAUUUAAUAAAGUAUUUAUAUGGUUUUUUUAAAAAUGAUUGAUUUAUUACACAUAUAUUAGAAAAGACCUUUUAAUUUGUAGGAAAAGCUAAUGGUAACUAAUUGUUUGGCAAUAGCAGAUGCCGAUUGGUUAAAUAAAUUAUUUGUGAUGAAGGAAAAUGGAAAUAUAUUAAAUCUACUUAAUGUUUGCGAGAGACGACGUGUUUGUAUACUUGUACAAACAUUUGCUUUCAGCUCUACUGACAUGUAAUAAUAAUAUCACUGGUUUUAAUAUUUUCCAUAUAAAAAGAUAUAUUUUUGCAUAGGUCAGAGAGUAUUAAUGACGUCUUACAUAAAAAACAUUCAAAUCACUUAACUAAUUCGAACCAAAUUUGUGAGAAAUCCAUGUUAUUGCAUACAAACAUUAGAAAUCCCAUGUUUGUAAUAGAGUAUGAAUAUCUGCUAGACAAAUUAACAAAUGAGGAUACUUAUAGAAACCAUACUACUCCAUGUAUGGUAAAUAACACUUUAUGCGUUUGUUUAUCUGCCUCUAACAUUAUGCAAUAUAUCAGCAUCAAUGAAAAGAUGGAACUGUAUAAUCUCGUGAAAAUAUGCAUUUCUGGACACAACAUAAAUUCAAUUGAUAUAGAUUUGGAGUUACCUAAUUUAAAAGAAUUUGAUAUUUCCUUCAAUUGUUUUGAAGAAUUUCCAAAUUCAAACAUCGUGAAGAGUGUGAAAAUAUUAAAUAUUAGUUCUAACAAUAUACAAUCAAUACAUGUUCAUGGAGUUCUCUAUACAUUGGAAGAACUAGAUGUAUCAUGGAAUUGUUUAACAAACUGUCUUUCAAGUAUCAAAACUUUUACAACAUUCACACCUAAUAUAUAUAAAUUAAAAAUGCAUAACAAUCCAUUCAAAGAUGUUACUGAUCCACAAUUUGUAGAAUAUGUAAUGCGUAUUUAUUUGCCAAAUUUACAGUCUAUUAACAACUGUGAAUGCGAAAGUCAUAAUUUAUCUGAAAAUUAUUUCCCAUGUGCAUUUAAUAUGUGUCAACUAAAAAAACGCAAUAAAUUAAUUUAUUUGAAACAAAACACAGAGAAAAGUGGCAAAAAGGCAGCAUUAAUAAAAGAGAAACAGAUAGAGCAUGCAAAAUAUAUUCACAUAUCUCAAAAUUUAUUUCUGGUAUUAGAUGUUUUAAAAAAUGCAUUAAAAGUUCAAGAGCUUUGUGCUGCAUGUUGUCCAUUGACUAUAUUUCCUAUUAUAAAACCUUUGAAACAUCUAAUCAAACUAAAUCUUGGAAGUAAUUUUAUUUCAGUUUUGGAUGAUUUCAAUCAAGAAAAUCUUCCAUCAUUAAAGUAUCUGGAUUUGACAAAUAAUUUAAUAACAAGUUUAGAAUCAAUGGGGUCAUUUCAUACACUACAGGAGUUUUAUUGUGGAAGUAAUAAAAUAAAAAACUUAACACAAAUAGAUAAUGUUAAGACUUGGCAAAUGUUGCAUGUUAUAGAUCUUUCCAAUAAUCCAAUAAUUACAGAUGCAUUAUAUAAAAAAUUUAUUAUAUUUCAUCUACAUAAUAUCAAAGUAAGGAAAAUCAUUUACUUUAAGUUUCUUUGGGUAUGUUUUUUAUAAAUUCUAUAAAUAAUAUGAUUUUAUUAGUAGUAUAUUUCUGGAGCAUAUGUACAAGAUUCAGAAAUUACUGAAGCAAAGUAUGUAUUUGGAAAUAAAUUAGACAAAUAUGUAUUAAAUACACUGUAUAAAACAGAUAGAUUAACAAAUAUUACACAGUUGAGUAUAACUGACUGUUGUUUGUCAAAGGUAUGUUAUGCAUUAAUUUUCAAAGUGUAAGAAACAAAGUACAUGGAAAUUAAUUCUAGGUUGAUCUUUCUGGUGAACUUUUACCACAAUUAGAAAGUUUGGACUUGAGCAGAAACCAGAUAACUUAUUUAUGGGGUCUUUAUUCUUUUCCGUAUCUACAUACAUUGUGCUUAAGUUACAAUUGUCUUGAAACAUUAGAUGGAAAUGGUUCUGAAAAAAAUGAUUGUACAUUUUCCAAAUUGUAUACUUUAUUUUUAGAUCACAAUUACAUUAAGUCAUUGAUGAAUAUUAGUAAAAAACUACCAGUUAUCAAACAUCUAUUUCUAAAUAAUAAUUAUCUGCAAGAUAUCGAUGGUAAUAUUUUAUGUGAAUAGAUAAUAUAGUACGUUGCAAUUGUUAUUAGAACUUAACCUGUUAAAUUAUUUAGGAAUAAAUCAUUGCUCCAUGUUAGAAUCUUUAUUUUUGGAUUACAAUGAAAUUGAGAUACUGAACAAAGAAGAUUUUAUUGAAAAUAAUAACCUAAAGGUUUUAUCUCUUGAAAACAAUAAAAUAAAGUCUUUGGAAUUUACAAUAACAUUGCAUAAAUUGGAAAAACUUUAUGCUGCCAACAAUUGUUUAUCGGUAAGUAAAACAACAAAAUUAAGAUUGUAAUAAACGUAAUAAAUAAUAAUGUUAUUUUUCAGAAUGAAAAUGAAGUACAGUACUUAUCAUUACUGAAAAAUUUAGAAGAAUUAACAUUCAGAGGAAAUCCCUUGUACACAGACUCAAUUAAUGAUAAAAUGAUUGUCCAAGAUUUCGAGUUAAAACAUCCUGAAUCUGAUGAAAUUUAAUUAAUCAAUACAUAGGAAUUUAUAAAUUUGAUUGCUUGUAAUUCAUUGUGUUUAUUAAAUAUUUGUAUAAAUACAAGGACAGUAAAAUCACCUGAAUCAUAAUAUGUUGGUUAUCAUAUCGUGUAAUAUUUAUAUGUACUUAAUUUUCUAAAUAAAUAAACUUACUUGCAAAUUCGUUCUAUGUGAUGCAAUAUACAUACUCUGUAUUAUACUUUUACGCUAUAGUUUGGAGAAAAAAUCAGCUGGAUCGUUAUAAAGCGCGUUUGUGUUUGUAUUGUGACUAUAUUUAACCUUAGUUACAAGUAAUUCAAAACUGAACGUAAAUGGAGUUAGAAACGAUACUUGAAAAAUGUGCUGUAAUAAAUAAAU